AUGAAACGUGUAAUUGUUCCUUACCAGGUUUCCUUGGGAAACAUCAAGCAUUCGAGCGAAUUGCAGUGGCUUGCAUGUGGCCCCAAUGUUCAAGCUAGCUGCUUUACAACUUACAACGUAAAUGGAUUUAAGUUUAGGACCCUAUCAAGAGAAGAAGGGUUGAAAACUCAAAAUAGUGGGGUUCAUGUCACUUCCGACACUAGAAGUUAUGCAAGCAAGCGCGACAGUAAUGUUGCGGUUGGUGGCGUCUCGUAUUAUGAAAAACUAAUGGACAUCAUUGAGUUGAAUUACAGUGGUCAAUUCACAGUCAUUUUGUUUAGAUGGGCUCGCCUUGUAUACUAUGUGGAUGAUGAAGUUGACAAAGAAUGGAGUGUAAUAGUCCAUGUAAAACCAAGAGAUUUGUUCGACAUGGGUGAUAUAUAUGAAUACUGUGAGGUGGAACUCUCCCCCCAGCAAAGUCAGGCUUCGAAGCGCAAGGUAGGCAAGACCAUCGAAUUUUGGGAUGUUAAAACAAUUGAGUCCGAUGGGACAAUCAAGCAACUUGAUUUAAGUGUGAAAGAGGCUAUAAAGCCACCUAACGGUAGAAAGAUCGUACUCAGGUUCAACGAUAGACUGCAACCAGUUGAAAAUGAAGCUGGCAUACUGAGCGGCGUUCUCGGAAUACUAGGAUCUGACUACACCAAAUUUCCAAUCUGCGAGAAGGACUGGAGAAAGGUUCGCUCUAGGGACAAGAACUAUAAUGAAUGUGUAAAGGAAUUGUUCCAUUUUGAAGAAGAUAGUGGAGGAAUUAUCAAGCGUACAAUAUUAAAAAUUCUAGGAAGGGCUUGGAAGGACACGAGGAACCAUUUGUAUCAUCACUUUUAUAAAUUAGAACUAACUCUUGAACAAAAUAUUAAAGGUCGUCCACUGGGAAUUACUGUGGAUCAUUGGAGAUGGUACCUUGAUUAUCGCAACAGUGAAGAAACAAAGGAGAAGUGUAGGAAAAAAGCUGUGAAUCAAUCGAAGCAGUUAUACACUCAUACUGGCGGAUCAAAAAGCUUGUCAAGGCUCGAAGAAGAAGAGUCGAAACGACAAGGGCGUCCAGUUAGUAGAGGAGAGUUGUUUGUCUUAACGCACAAACGAUCUAAUGGCUCCUAUCUCCAUGAUGCACCUCGGGCUAUUGGUGAAAGAAUUGCGGAGAUUGAGCAACAUGAUGAAUCAUCUAGACUGUUGUCUCAGAAUGAUUCACUUGCUCAAGCUCUUGGAAAGGAGCAGUCGGGUAGAGUGCGUGGCAUGGGUAUCAGACCGACUACUAGUCAAGUGUUCGAUACGAAUUCACAUUAGCCGAGCAUUAGAACUCAAAGGGAGGAGACCCAAAUGGUGUUGCUUGAACUACAAGUGGAGUUGGAGGCUGAGAAAUUAAAAAGGAAGGUAAUGGAGGAUGAAGUAGCUACCGAGAAGACAAAAAGGCAGGCAAUGGAGAGUGCUCUGAUAUGUCUAGUUCAAGGGCAAGGUGGGGAGCUGCCACCAGAUGUGGCUGCAUGGAUGAAUUCAUUGGAGGGACAGAGUAGAGAGUAGAACCAAGGAUUUGAAAUUUAUUCUUUAAGUUAAAUAUAUAUGUUUUUAAUGUUGACUAUGCAACUCUUAGUAAGGAAUACACUUUAUUAAUAUUUGG